AUGACAAAUGCCAUUGUAUUGUCGUUAGCUCAUAGUUCCACACGGACGAUCAUUGCAACGCAAACACCAAGGCACAUAGGGGAAAACGGAGACAAUCCAGUCCCAGGAACCGCGAGAACCAGUGCAAGUGGCACAUCUCCGUUUGUGGUCAUACCCCCUCCUAGCAUCAUAGGCGAGGAAAAUGCUGACGUUGCCAAUAUCACACAACCCCAAGGAACUGGGGCAAUUCCACACCGAAACGCUGUCAAUGUCGAGAAAAACAACGCCGGUACCGUGAUCGCUGCUAGACGUAACCCUAUUCGCAAUGUUAGAAGAAAUCGUGAUUACCAGUGUCAGUUGUGUGAAGAGCGUGAUGAUAAUCAGAUGGUGCAGUGUGAUGGUUGCGAUCGAUGGUUCAAUUUCGUAUGUGUGGAAGUUUCAGAAGAUAUCGCCAACGUCAGUUGGGUCUGUCCGGAAUGUAAGGACGUACUCAUUCCCCUCACCAGUACUUCCACCACAACGACUGGUCAGCAACAACAAAAUCCACCCCUAAAGAAGACCAAUACAGUACGAACCAAGAGCAAGGCCAGUUCUUCCCGCAGUGAGGCUAGAAGGCUGAAAGAACUUGAGCUGAAAAAACUGGAAGAGGAGUUCGAGAUGGAGAAGCGUUUUCUGGAACGAAGGUACAAUGUACUUAAGGAGUACAGUAGCGAAACAUCAACCGAGGUCGAUGACGUCGAAGAUCAUGCAUCGAGGAUUGCAGAGUGGUUAGCUGAAUCGAAACACCAAGGGGAAGAUUCUGGAUCAGUAACGCAGGAGACGAAUUGGCCACCGAACACGUCGGCAACAACCGCAGACGAAACAUUCUGCAUUCUGAACCGGAACCAAAUUGCAGCACGGCAGGCGGUGUCCAAGGAUCUGCCUGAAUUUGACGGAACACUAGAGGACUGGCCACUAUUUUACUCUACGUUUAAUUCGUCCACACAGAUGUGUGGUUUCACGAACGAGGAGAAUAUGCUGAGAUUACGCAAGUGCCUGAAAGGUAAGGCUUUGGAAGCAGUAAGAUGCGAGCUACUUCACCCGUCAAACGUAGCGGAUGUUGUGUCGACUCUGAAAAUGCUUUUUGGGCGAUCAGAUGCAAUUGUCCAGUCGAUCGUCAAGAAGAUCAGGAGUGUACCUCCACCUCGACCUCCACCAAACAUGGAGAAACUCGAGACGGUGGUGAAUUUUGCACUGGCUGUGAAGAAUAUGGUUGCGACAAUCCGAGCCUGUGCUGUAGACGACUUUGUCUUCAACGCAUCACUCCGAUACGAAUUAGUAGAGCGGUUGCCGUCAAGCUUAAAAUUAGACUGGGCGAGGUUUGUUCGGAAUAACCCAAACCCAGAUCUUGUAAACUUCAGUGCGUGGCUGUACACUAUAGCGGAGGAUGUAAGUUCAGUGAUGGUUACUACAAGUCGUGAUCAGCGAUGUCGUGGUACCAAGAAGGAUGGGUUUCUAAAUCUUCACUCUGAGUCAGAGUCCAGCAGCUCGGAACCGACCGAAGCGUCUACCAAGCCGAAGUCGAUUGCACCAAAGGAAACUGUCGAAGCUGAAUGUGUAGUGUGCAAGGGAAGCUGUUCGAACGUGGCGAAGUGCAGUAGAUUCGAAUGCUUGAGUUACGACUCGAAGUGGGCAACUGUGAAGGAGUGCAGACUUUGCCGCAAAUGUCUUCGUAAGCACAAUGGCUCAUGUAAACAACAGAAGAAAUGUGGUACAAACGGAUGUACGUACCUGCACCAUCCUUUACUCCACAACCCGGUGAACCAUCAAACAUCAACACAAUCGACAUCGCAACAUACUACUGAUUGCUUUCCACAUUCGGAAGGAUCAGAACCAAGCUGCAAUUUGCAUCAGGGACAGUCCACAGUGCUAUUCCGCAUCGUUCCAGUCGUAUUGUACGGACCAAAAAAAGUUGUGCAGACUUAUGCGUUUAUCGACGAUGGAUCUGAGCUAACUCUUAUGGAGCAGAGUUUGGCAGAGGAAUUAGGCGUUGAAGGACCCAAAAAAUCUCUGUGCUUAAAGUGGACUGGCGGUACUCGAAAGUUAGAGAAUGAGUCGCAACAGGUGAAUCUACAAAUCUCCGGGGCGCGAAGCUCAAAGAAGUACGAUCUGGCCGGAAGGAAGUAUCCACAUCUGUCUGGAUUACCGCUUGAAUCAUAUCAUGACAUAAGUCCGCGAAUUCUAAUCGGUUUGGAUAACACCGAUCUCGGACACGGAUUCAAGAGUCGUGAAGGAAAGCCAAACGAACCGAUCGCUGUAAAGACGCGCUUGGGUUGGAUGGUUUAUGGUAACUGUACUGGCAAGCAAGAUACAAUCGGAUACUUAAACUACCACAGCGUUCAAACAUGUGAGUGUAAUCGGGAGUACGACGAUGGUCUCCAUAAAGCGAUGAAAUCAUACUUUGCGCUUGAUAGUCUCGGAAUCAUCAAACCAAGCAAGCUUCUUCUUUCAAAGGAAGAUCAGCGGGCGCAAUCUUUGUUGGAAUCUCUGACACGUCCUAUGAAUAACCGUUACGAAUCUUGCCUUCUCUGGAAAUACGAUCACGUCCGUCUUCCGGACAGUAAAGGGAUGGCUUUCAGACGUUGGAAGUGUUUAGAAACUCGGAUGAUUAAGGAUCCCGAGCUUGCCGAGGCACUUAAAUUGAAGAUGCACGAACAUAUUAGCAAGGGCUAUGUGCUAGGGGAAGUACAACUUGAUCUGAAUGAUGAAUCCCAACAAGCCUGGAAAGAUACGCUUAGUGUGGGAUGCUGCAGCCACUGUGCCCCGAAGGGCCCCGAUCAAUUAACAUCGCUUCUGUCCGUACUGAUUCGUUUUCGUGAGUUCCGGGUGGCGGUAUGCGGUGACAUCAGAGAAAUGUUCCACCAAAUACAAAUGUUGCUGGAAGAUCAGCACUGCCAGCGUUUCUUUUGGAUGGACGACGAUGAGUCAGAACCAAGUGUCUAUGUUGUACAGGUGAUGACCUUCGGUGCCUGCUGUUCUCCAAGCACUGCACAACACGUCAAGAAUACCAAUGCGAAGAAGUUUGAACAGGACUACCCAGACGCAGUCGACGCUAUCAUCAAACGGCACUAUGUCGAUGACAUGCUCGUGAGCACGGAAACAGAAGAAGAAGCCGUGAAGUUGGCUCAAGAUGUAAAGAAAAUCCAUGAACAUGCCGGGUUCGAAAUACGCAACUGGAUUUCCAAUUCUGCCAUGGUCCAGGCGACGUUGAAAGGAGCAGCAACGGAGGAGAAAAAUCUGAAUAUCGGCGAGGAGGCAACGACGGAAAAGGUGUUUGGAAUGUGGUGGAACACAUCAAAUGAUUGUUUCACGUACAAAUUGUCUUCCCGGUAUGAUGAAGCACUUUUAUCCGGUAGCCGUCGACCAACGAAACGGGAGGUUCUCCGGACGCUGAUGAUGAUCUACGAUCCCUUAGGCUUCAUUGCACAUCUUCUAAUGUUCCUGAAAGUGCUUCUGCAGGAAAUUUGGAGAACGUUGGUUGGCUGGGAUGAUCCAAUUGAAGACUUGCAGUUUGAGAAGUGGCUGAAGUGGUUGGCAGUAUUUCCGGAUAUGAGACUUGUUGAAGUACCUCGAUGUUACCGAUCAUUGACGUCAGUAGAAGCUGAAGUAGAGAUGCACACAUUCGUCGAUGCAAGCGAAAACGGUUUUGCGGCAGUAGUUUACCUCCGAUUCCGAGAAGGGAACGUGAUCGAAUGCGCUUUGGCGGGAGCAAAAACCAGAGUGGCUCCACUGAAGUUCCUGUCCAUCCCACGGUCCGAGCUACAAGCAGCGCUACUCGGAGUUCGAUUAGCGGAUACUAUACUGGCGUCCCUCUCCAUCAAGAUCUACAAACGGUACUUCUGGACAGAUUCCAAAGAUGUCCUCUGUUGGCUGGCAUCCGAUCAUCGGCGAUACAGCCAGUUCGUGGCUUUUCGGGUCAGUGAAAUAUUAGAAUCGACCGACGUCAACGAAUGGCGAUGGGUCCCAACGAAGCAGAACGUCGCUGAUGAAGGAACAAAGUGGAUACGAGUUCCUGAUUUUUCCAGUGAUAGCCGGUGGUUCCGUGGACCAGAUUUUCUGAAAGAAGACGAACAUGGCUGGCCAGUAACCCCUAGCUUCAAAAAAUCAACGGAUGAAGAGAUUCGGCCACACCUGCUUAUCCACGCAAUGCAAAUGGAUCCGGUGAUACGUGUGCAAGAUUAUUCCAAGUGGAUUCCUCUUCUUCGUCGGACGGCAUACAUAUUUCGCUACGUAGAAAAUCUUAGGCGUUCCAUGAGAAAGGAACAACGCACCAGCGGACCAUUGAUUCAGCAAGAGUUGGCUAAAGCGGAAAACUAUCUGUUCCGAUUAGCACAGUCGGAAGCCUACGCUGAUGAAAUCGCUACGUUAUCCACACGCGACUCUACAACAGACCCGCAAAGGAAGAUCGUCCGAAACGACCCGCUCUUUCGCAGUGCUUUCUUGGAUGACAACGGAGUUGCUCGAGUCCGAGGUCGAACUAAGGCAUGCUCAUUUGUUGACCGUGAUGCAGUUGAACCGAUCAUUCUUCCUCGCCAUCAUCAUAUUACACGACUGAUUGUCUCCGACACUCAUGAGCGGUUGAACCACCAGAACCAUGCUACAAUUAUCAACGAACUUCUUCAGCGCUACCGUAUUCCUAGGCUGAAAGCGACUUACUACGCCAUUCGGAAAGAUUGUCAGCAGUGUAAGAAUGAUCAAGCAAGACCGCAGCCGCCAAUGAUGGGUGAUCUUCCACAAUCACGUCUGGCUGCGUUCAGUCGACCUUUCACUUACAUGGGGGUGGAUUAUUUUGGUCCGAUACUAGUCUCGGUGGGCCGACGAUCUGAAAAGCGUUGGGGGGUCCUCGCUACUUGUCUCACUACUCGCGCCAUCCACCUGCAACUCGCUCACACACUGACCACGGAUACGUGUGUAAUGGCAAUUCGGAACGUCAUGGCUAGGAGGGGAGUUCCCGCUGUUAUCUAUAGCGACCGUGGAACCAAUUUCCAAGCUGCUAGCAAGGAACUCAAAGCAGCAAUGGAGCUACUCGACCAUGACAAGCUAGCGAACGAAUUCACUUCAAGCUGCACUCAGUGGACCUUCAUCCCACCGGGUUCGCCACAUAUGGGUGGAGCGUGGGAACGGCUGAUUCGCAGCGUCAAGCUGAACCUAGCUAAAGUACAAACUAGCAGACUACCUACCGACGAAGUGUUGCAGAAUGCGUUGGUGGAAGUUGAAAAUACCAUCAACUCACGACCACUGACCGACAUUCCUGUAGAUGACGAUGAAUCACCCGUUUUGACGCCCAAUCAUUUUCUGCUGGGGUCAGCAAAUGGCUUAAGGUCGUGGGUUCCCAUCGAUGACAGUCCUGUGAUGCGGAGGAACUGUUGGGCUCAGUCUCAGAUCAUGGCUGACAUGUUCUGGAAGCAGUGGGUAAGAGAUUAUCUGCCCACCAUUACGCGUAGAACCAAGUGGUUUACACCAGCGAAACCAAUCACUGUUGGAGAUAUCGUAGUGAUCGUCGAUCCGAAGCUGUCCCGAAAUUGUUGGCCUAAGGGUAGAGUUAUCGCUACGCAUCAAGCUCCCGAUGGACAGGUACGUUGGGCAACCGUACAAACAGCGUCUGGUGGAAUAUACGAACGCCCGGCGGUUUCAUUGGCUGUGCUCGACGUAGGCGUUAGGACGAAUACGCUAUUGGAGGAUCCUUCGCGCAUUCCGGGGGGAGUGUUGACUACGCCCCGUCAGAAUCAAACGUGA